ACCCAUCGGCCGCCGAGCGACUGGAGCCGAUCGAGAGCGAGUGCCAGAGCCCGGCGGCGGAGCAGAGCGCGGCGCGGCGGCGGCGGGGCAGCGAGGCCGGCUGGUUCCGGGGACAAUAGAGGCGCUGGGCCUGGCUGCGCUGCGCGAUCGGGGCCGGGAGCAGAGGCAGGAUGCUGGCGCUCUUCACCAAGCUGCUGGACUGGUUCCGGGCGCUCUUCUGGAAGGAGGAGAUGGAGCUCACCCUAGUGGGGCUGCAGUACUCGGGCAAGACCACUUUCGUCAACGUGAUCGCGUCGGGGCAGUUCAAUGAAGAUAUGAUCCCAACAGUGGGCUUCAACAUGAGGAAGAUCACCAAAGGAAAUGUUACUAUAAAGCUUUGGGACAUCGGAGGCCAGCCUCGUUUUCGGAGUAUGUGGGAGAGGUACUGCCGUGGAGUCAGCGCCAUAGUAUAUAUGGUAGAUGCUGCAGACCAGGAGAAGAUUGAGGCUUCCAAGAAUGAACUUCACAACCUGCUCGAUAAGCCACAGCUCCAGGGCAUCCCUGUCCUAGUCCUUGGGAACAAGCGAGAUCUCCCUGGCGCCCUGGAUGAGAAGGAGCUCAUUGAGAAGAUGAACUUAUCUGCCAUCCAAGACCGAGAGAUCUGUUGCUAUUCAAUCUCUUGCAAAGAAAAGGACAACAUUGACAUCACCCUACAGUGGCUUAUUCAGCAUUCAAAGUCCCGGCGAAGCUGAGAGCCCUUCAGCCAGGUCUCGGAUUGGGAAGCUGCCAUUGUAAAAGCCCAAGCUCACCUCCUCCUUCCUAUUCCCCCAUCUCCUGCUCUUUCCACCCCUCUCGCCCACCCCUCUCUCCCUAGAUGGGUAUUUUUAGGGGACCCCAGACUCCUCUUCUGCUGAGACUGAACUCCUGUUUUUAUUGUAAAGAAACUGUCUGCCCCCCCUGCUCCCUACUCUGGUUUUGGCACUGUUCUGUUGUCGUCGGUGUGUGUACAGUAUAUAUAUAUAUAUGUAUAUAUUAAUUUUUUAAUUUAAGCAAUUACGCUGUUACUAAACUGGGCCUGUGAGCUGUCUGGGGGCAGCAGUGAUAUGGAUGGGGCUGGGAAAGUACCUAACUCAGUAUUGGGAACGUCACAAGCAUCCACAGGGUAAGGGCUGGAGUGGAGCGUGGCUUUCAGUGGUUCCUGUCUUCCUCUCUCCUUCCUCCUUGAGCACUCUCUGCUGCCUCUCUGUGGUGGAAUCAGGUACCCUUAGCAGGUUUUGCUUGUGUCUUUGCCUCCCCAAGCUGCUCAGUGCUGUGGUGGGGGAUUAAAAGCCUCACAGAGCAGUAUUGUUCUCAUUUACUCCUCUGGUCUGAAUCAAUAGGCGAGAGUCAGUGCUAUUUCUGCCCUGCCCCCAGUCCCGGGGGCAAAGACCUGUCCUGUUGUGUCCUAGCAGGAAGGAUGUGGUGGUCUCCCCAUGUGAGUUUAGCUCCCCCUCAUCGUGUUCCCAAAAACCCAGAAUGUCCUCUCCUUCAGCUGUCUUGCACUGCCCAUAUGUGGUGUCUGCCAAGUGCCCUCUUCAGCCUGUUUGCUGCCCUUUCUUUGAGUGAUUGGCAGAGGGUGCAUGACAAGCCCUCCUUGAUUGUAUGGAAGAGCUCAAGAGGGUUACCAAAGAGAGAGGGCCUGACCUGAGGGCUGGUUCAUUGAAAUUCUCAUCCUAGGCCUCUUGCUUAUGCAGUCACUUGUGCAUUAUUCAGCUCGGGAUGGGAUGGGGAGUGGUUUCGGCAUAAGUUUCCCUCAAAGCCCUUUUGGCAAGGGCUUAGUCCUGGGACACUUGCUUCAUCCAUACUCAUCAAAUCCUAGACCCUGUUGAUGUGGCUUCCAGAACAGAGGACAUGAGAAACCUUCUCUCCUGCGCUCUGUCUUGCUGGAGAUGUUACUGCAGACCACAGCCUUGUCUCUAAGAGCAAAGGUUUUUGUCAGUUUUCUGGGCUUGACUGCCCCCACCCCAACACACUCAUACUCUUAUGAAUCUGUUGAAAGUCCAACCUGCCUUUUCACAAGUUUGGGGGAAGGCAGUGGGAGUUGAAGAGAGGAGUUCUCUCUCAUGAAUAGGAGUGAGCUGUUGAGAAGUUUUGGCUUCACACAUGGCUGGGCAAUGGGGUAUCUGAGUUUCUAGGUACAGGUUGUACCAGGAAAGAGGGGGGGGGUAUUCCUGGGCAGGCUGCUUAAUUUGGACCAGUACAGUUGCUACCUACUGCCUUGUGCUGGUAUCUGUUAAAUCUGGGCUUUAAAGCAGCUGCAUGGGAGUCCAGGGAUGUGAUUAUGGGAAGGUUCAUAAAGCUUCGUGUGUUAGCCUCUCUGCCUCCCUAUGGAGAACAGCUGACUGCAGGCCACGUUUGGCUGUGUCUUCCUUGGCCCCAUUGAGCUGUGGGCAGGUGUGAAGCUGCAGGGCCCUUCCCAACCUCACCUGGCCUGGCCAAACCCCGCACGUAGCUGCUCCCGGGGGGGAGGGAGGACUUUCUAAACUGCAUCGUUUUUCUUCUGUUCUCAUUUUCACAGAAUUGCACAAGGAGAUAUGUUUUUUAAUUUAAUGAAUUGUAAAGUGUCAUUUAUUCCUUUUUAAAAUAUAUUUUGGCUUAUUUUGACCUUCUCUGAUGGGAAAUGAUUCUUGUAACAGUACAUUUUUUGCCUCCUAAUAACAAUAAAUUAACAAUUUUGUGUUGAUA